AACUAGUUGAAGUUGUCGCUUUAGCUUGUGCACAAUGGCUAAUCUGUCUUUGUCUCUUAUACUGUUUAAUAUAUGCUUAUUCUCUAACUGGGAUCUUAGCAUAGGCGCUUAUGACCCCGCCUGCUGCGAGGAGCACUCAGUCGGUGCUGUGGAAUCAAAAAUGUCUGGAUUUCUCAUGUACACCUAUAAUUCCGAGUUGAAUACUUGCGUGGAGUUCUUCUUUAAAGGAUCAGGUGGAAACUUAAAUCAAUUUCGGAACCAAAAGGAAUGCGAAAAGCUCUGUGUGACUUUGGAAGAUUAUGAAAGAAAUCAAAGUUCUCCCUCGAGCUGCAUAAAUUAAAGGAUUGUCAGACACGCGAGACAGCAAAGAAGGCAAGAAACGAGCAGCAGCAACGACAAAAUAAAAAAACAAGAAAGAAACAUAUACAAAAAAUCGCUUUGGGACCCGAGCUGCAACUCCAACUCCAACUCCAAUACAAACACCCCAGUCCCAGUGCCAGUUCAGGAUACUUUAUUGUAAACGCAUAUCCUUGAGAAUGCUUUAGUAAAAAAAUUCCAAGAAAA